AGAAAAAAAAUAGCAAAAAGAACAUUCAACUCAGAAGUUGGGUCAACGUAUUUAAAGGUUCGAUGUUUCCAAAACGAAACAUCAGUUCUUUUCUAGUCAUUCACCACAAAACACUAUGAAAGCUUUCUUUGCUCUCUUGGCUGUGCUCUGUCUUGCCCAUGGCAUUUCGGCCAUUAGCAUUGUCACCAAAUCCCAAUGGGGCGGUCGUGCUGCCACCUCCAAAAGCUAUUUGGCCAAGGGUUUGAGCUAUGUUGUCAUCCAUCAUUCCGCCGGAGCCUACUGCAACACUCUGGCCACUUGCUCGGCCCAGAUGCGUAACAUGCAAUCGUAUCACAUGGAUUCUUUAGGUUGGGCUGACAUUGGCUACAACUAUGGCAUUGGUGCUGAUGGCAAUAUCUAUGAGGGUCGUGGUGCUGGUGUUAUGGGCGCCCAUGCCACCAACUGGAACAGCAAGUCUUAUGGCAUUAUGUUCAUUGGUAACUACAAUGACUACACUCCCACUGCCACUCAGGUUGCCAAGGCUAAGGAAUUAAUCGCCUGGUUGGUAUCGCAGGGUUAUGUCGCCUCCAAUUACACUUUGUACGGUCAUCGUCAAGUAGGUUCCACCGAAUGUCCCGGCAAUAAUUUGUACAAUGAAAUCAAGAAGUGGUCCAACUGGAAGGCUUAAGGUGAUUUGAUGAGAGAGGAGAUAAGAAAUAAAGUUGAAAUGGUUUUAUGAAGAAUAUUGAAGAG